AUGAACCUGGACUCUGUGAACAACGCCAGAUCUGGACCCCAAGUCAACGCGCGAGCUGCUAGAGGGCAAAUAGCUGCUCAGGCUUGUGAGACUUGUAGAGGGAGAAAGCAAAAGUGUGACGAAGCUCGACCAAAAUGUGGUUUCUGCCAGCGGAUGAAUCUUGAAUGCAAGUAUAGAGAACCACAGCCCACAAAAAAAGAUAAAACUCUAGUAGAGAUACUCGACAAGCUAGACCAGAUUAAGACGACGAUAGACCGCAUAUCUACGAAUUGUCCAGCAUUUCACUCAGAUAGUUUAAGACCUACCAGUUCAGCCCAUUCAACCCAGCAGUCCUUUGCUGGAACUAUUUUUGCUCUUGAUGAUAACUCCAGCUUUACAACGUCACCCUUAGCAAUUCAAGAUCCUUGUGAUUCAUUACGUUCAUCCCAGCCCUUUUAUUAUACAUCUAUAGCUCACAAAAUUCUCUUGUGGCCUGCUAUCCAACGUCAUAUACAAUCGAUUCCGGCUUACCACGCGGAUAUUAAAUGUGCUGAGCAAGAAGGGUCGAUAUUUAUUGUUCAGCUUCAUAAGGUAAUGAUGCCUCUACCUCUAAAUGAUCAUCUACCAAGCCAGCCUUUGGCUGGCAUACAGUCUCAGCCAGGAGCUACCGGUGGUGUUCGAGUUACAUUCCCAUUUUUGACGCAUGAAAGAAUACACUGUUUGGCUUUAGCAUAUUUUGAGACCUUCAACCUACUUUAUCCCUUCAUGGACAGGCAAAACUUUAUGGCUGACAUACUUGCACGCAUCUAUACUGAAGGAUUUGAUGAUAACAUCGAAUCAGUUAUAGCACUCCUUGUAUUUGCAUUGGGAGAAUUAGCCCUUGAUGGCGCACGUGGCCUUUCAUUGGAUAUAUACCAGUUUCAUCAGAUUAACAGGCAAGAUCGCUAUGCAACAAGACCUCCCGGCCUAGCACUAUUUAACGAGGCAAGGAGACGUACAGGAUUCGUCUUGACAGACUCGAAUCUCGAAAAUGUUCAAAUAUUCGCUCUUACGGCAUUAUAUUAUCAAUCUUGUUUCAGACACCUGGAAUUUUGGAGAUUAGCCGUGUAUGCAUCAUUAGCAUGUCGAUUUCUGGUCACAUGUAAUCCUAUUGACUGGAGCUCCGUCAAAGGCAGGCUUAUCAAGCGAAUAUACUGGCACUGUGCAGUUGUGGAAUCUGGGCUUCAUCAGGACCUUGGCCUACCUUUAACUGGUCUUUUAGGUAUUGAUGAGCUAGUAGGCUUACCAGAUCAUGAUAGCGGGCAUUGUAGUCAAGAUGAGACUCGCCAUCGAGCCUCCUGUGGCCACCACUAUGCCGCACAUAUCUCACUUCAACGCUUGUACCUUAAUAUUCAUUCCACCAUACAUGAAUCAACAAUACCCUACGUUAACUUCAGCGAUAUGGUACCUAAAAUAGGGAAACUUCAAGAAUUGGCACUACAGCUCUCUCACUGGCGCAGUACGCUAUCAAAAUGUAUUCAGUGGACAGAUGAAGACCUCCUUAAAAGCCCUUUCUUACCCGAAAAUACAUCACUUUACAGCCAAACACUAGAUCCAAGUUUAACCCGACAUCAUGAGCCGGAAGUCGCUAUCAUGUAUCCUUCUGAUAUACGGCCCUAUAUUUUCAAAGCACUUCAUUUUCCUGAUCAAGUAACGCGAGAAGAUGCUCAAGGAGUAGCUGAGUGUUUAAGGGCUUGCAUUAAAUGGCCUCUCAUUUUUUCGCCUGUGUCCCGCUUCAAGCGAUUGGUUCCAUACCUCUUUAGCUGGUCGCAAAUUUUUAUGUCAGUUCUUAUGGUGCUACACAUGACUAAAAAUUCUCCGACACUUCAAAAGAUCCGCUUCCAGCUUUGCGGGGAGCGAUUCGAGGAGGACAUACUCGAAAGCGUACAACUUAUGAUUGAGUGGAUCAGAGAUCUGCGUGGCUGUGAUCCAAUCGCUAGCUGGUGCUAUGAGAUUAUCCAGCCAAUUUACCAUUUAGAGCCAUAG